AUGCAGCCUCCAGCGUUGCACCCGAGUAGAGAGUCUCUCACGAUUUCGCGCAUUCUGGCCUCUGAGAUGGUCAACCGGCCAAAAGUAUCGUUUGCUGAUGAAAACACCUCUUUUGCCAUCUUCAUGCCAAUCCAGCGCUCAACUGCAACAAAACUUCACCUGCAAUCACAAACGUCCACUGGAGAGCCGAUGCUCUGCUGGCAGACGUCGAGAGGACGCGUCGAGUGUCUAUGCCUUUGCAAUUUCGAGUUGUCAUCACAAACCUUCUAUUUUCGUCUGCGCCUUUCCAAGUACCUGCACCAUUUUAGCCAAUCAUGCCAGGCUUGCCCACCAAUGCUUUCUUUCGUUCUCAUUCAGACCGUCCUGCCCUCGAGCCAACACGAAUUAUCCCAUCGACUUUGGGCACACUUUCGUCAAAUAAUGCCUGAAAGUCAGUCGCCGGCCCAAUUCCCUGCACCUGCUCGACAUGUGCAUAAUGCCUAG